CGGGGGAGAGAGAUACAGAGUGACAGGGGGCGCACCGACAUCUUUCACACUCACAAUGGAGGCUAUUAUGGAGCUGUCCGACUUCAUCACCGUUUGCUACGCAGCUCCGACGGAGUCGCUGCCCUCACUGUUGAUGACGAGCGGCGGGAGCCAUCACGAGCCUGGCUUGAAGAAGGCGCUUUCCCCAACGGGCUUGGGACGGCAAGAGGGGCAGCAUCUAGGUCUGUACCCCGCCACGGCCCCCGCAGUUACCGCCCAGUUGUACUCCGCGCCGAGCCGGAGGGCGCUGGCAGUCAAGGCCAACGAAGAGGGGUCCGAGGGGCAGGAGGGGGACCUGAACAAGGACAGGACCCCAUCAGGUGCUCAGACCGAAGGCUUGGCACCCAAUCAGGCUAGAAGCGUUGCUCCAAGCAAGUCCGCGACCGCGUCCCCUGCUGCAAGCGCGUUCCACGUGACAGCAGUGCAGUAUCUCGAUUUUAGCCAGCCGUUGAUGAUCAUGGACGUUGAUCUGGAUGCAAGGUCAGACCAAGCCAAAGGGGAUAGCGCAAAGCUCACCCAUCUCUUGGCUGAUGCUUGCAGACCUCGAAGUCUUCCCAGCACCAGUGAGAGCAAGAACGAGAGAGAGCGAGACAGCAAGAUGAGGAGGACUGAUGAGUGUUGCAAGUGUUGCAAUCAGGGGCCCCUGUGCCCAAACGAUGUCCUGUGUGCCUUCACUGCAUUUUGCGAAGAGAGGAGCCAGCAUCACCUUGGCUAUCCGGUGAAUCUGGACUACGACUUCGCGGAGCUGCAUCACUUGCAGCGGUUCUCAGUGAUCAACACUGGCGACCCGUUUAUCGAGGGGACCCUCAGCUUGCAGUCCCGUGCCUUCGAAGUGGGGGUAUUGGACUGGUUCGCGCGGCUGUGGCAGAUCCCGACAGAGGAGUACUGGGGGUACGUUACAAGUGGUGGGACAGAGGGCAACAACCAUGGUAUAUUGAUGGGAAGGGAGUUGUUCCCCGAUGGGGUGCUAUACACCUCCAAGGAUGCCCACUACUCGGUGCUCAAAGCCGCGCGGAUGUUCCGCAUGGAAUGCGUGGUAGUGCAGUCGGAAGUCAGCGGAGAGAUGGCGUACGCGGACCUUCAGCGCCAACUCACCGCACGCAACGACCGUCCCGCCAUCGUCGUGGUCAAUGUGGGGACCACCAUGAAGGGAGCAGUCGAUGAUGUAGACAGCGUCGUCAAUGCACUCCAAGCCAGCGGCUUCCCGCGCGAUCGCUACUAUAUUCACUGCGACGGCGCACUUUUCGGCAUGAUGCUGCCUUUUGCAACUCCGCCGAAGGCUCGUGCGGUGCCACUGGAGAAGGUCAACGAGGAGGAGGAGGAAGAGGAGGAGGAGGAGGAGGAGGAGGAGGAAGAGACCAAGCAGCAAACACAGGAGCAGCGGCGUCGGAGGCGGCUUCAGUCCAUCUUCCCGGUGGAGGGGAGUGUCACUUUCAAGAAGCCUAUAGAUAGCAUAAGUGUCUCGGGGUACAAGUUUCUGGGCUGCCCACUCGUCUGCGGCGUUCAGAUCACCAGGAAGCGACACGUGGAGCGGCUGUCGCGCUAUGUUGAGCUCAUCGGUUCCAAGGACACCACAAUCGCGGGCUGCCGCAGCGGGCACUCUCCCAUCUACCUCUGGUUCGCGCUGAGAGGGAAGGGAGUGAGAGGCAUUAGCAGGGAUGUCCGCCGUUGCCUGCGCAACGCCCGAUGGCUGAAGGCCCGCCUACGCGCAGGCAAGAUCGGGGCCAUGCUGAAUCCGCUCAGCACAACGGUUGUGUUUGAGCGCCCGCUCGAGGAGGCCUUCAUCCGGCGAUGGCAGAUCGCUUGCCAGGGGGAUAUCGCGCACAUCGUGGUCAUGCCUAACGUCACAAGGGCGAAGCUGCAGGUGUUCCUUGACGAGCUCCUCGAGUUGCGGCGGGGAGCAGGACAGACGGACGAGGUCUGGUCUUGCAUUGCGCCGGAGGUGGGGGGCGACAACUGCGCUUGCGAGCAAUGCUCAAGGAACAGCAGCAACGCGGACAUCGACCUCGGAGUCCCAGUGGGGAUGGGUAGUGGGGGUAGAUGCGAACUCAUUUCAGGCGCCAUAGUGUGAAGAGGUCCCAUUUUCUGCUGUUAGCUCAAAGAGUUUCUGAGCUUCGAGAAGUUAUCUGAUGAUUUAUCCAUUGGAACGCUGGUCCCGUUUCCAGCAGGUGCAGCUCCCCACGCACAGAAAGGAGCCAUCAGAACCGCGCCGGUUCUCUACCCUCUGGGGCUCUUUCCACACAUUGUCAAUGGGUAGGAGACCUGGUGCCGGACGAUGUUUGAAGAAAAGGUAAAAAAGGCGGAACGGUUAUCCCCGGCCUCAAUGUUUACGAUAUAAUAAUAAAAUAAAAUAUCCAACCCCAA